GAGAGAGCGUGGAGCGGACGGAGGAGCUCGGGAUUUUCGUGCGAGUCUUUGUGUGCGUGUGUGUCGCUGCAGUCGAAUUGUUACGGCGACAUGGAUUUGAACUGAGCGCGAAGUCGCUGGGUUUGCAGUCUUCGGAGAACCUCGGGAAUUGCACUUUUAACUCAAAAGCAGGCGGAGGUGAUGAAAAUGUGGCUGUUGUUCCUUGCAACCACCCAGGCUCUGUUCCUCACCGGCUCAGGCAGACAAGCUCAGAAAGCUGUCUGUGAGAACGUCUACGCUGCUGAUAUCGUCUACCUCGUGGAUGGUUCCUCCAGCAUUGGCAGGGUCAAGUUCGAGCAAAUCAAAAGCUUCAUUAAAGCAACAGUUCAACCAUUUGUUAAUGCGAUCGGGCAAAAUACAGUCAGAAUCGGUCUUGUUCAGUAUAGUGAUGAUCCCAGGAUUGAGUUCUCCUUUCAAGAUUACAACACAGGACUCCAGGUUCUGCACGCAGUCCACAACCUCCAUUACAAAGGCGGGAACACAAGGACGGGAGCUGGGCUGAAAUACGUAGCAGACAACUUCUUUGGAUCUACCAAACUGAGGCGUCCAGUUCCCAAGAUCGCUAUCCUGAUAACCGAUGGGAAAUCACAGGAUAACGUGAAUCAGCCAGCCUUAAAGUUGCAGAGCCAAGAUGUUAAAUUAUUUGCAGUUGGGAUUAAGAACGCUGAUAAGCAGGAACUCGAUGAGAUUACCUCAAAGCCUACCAAGGAUUAUUCCUUCUUUGUGACUGACUUCAAGAUCCUAAAGACUCUGUCGCUGCUGAUUUCCAAGAGGGUUUGUUCCACGGCGGGGGGCACCCUGGAUGAAGCAGGAGCUACCCAAGUGCCCGGGGGCCCCUCUAAUCUGACCUUCAGUGACAAAAGUUUUGAAUCGAUGUGGAUUCGCUGGAUUGCAGCUGUGGGACCUGUGACAGGAUAUAAAGUUCAAUACACUCCUCUCAACACAGUGGGUUUUCCGAUCACAGCUGAACUCCGAGAGAUUACUGUUGGAGCAAAUGAAAGCUUGGCCUUUCUGCAAGGGUUGAAGCCUGCUACGGAAUAUCUGGUGACGGUGAUUGCUCAGUACGUCAACAGCAUUGGAGAGUCCACUUCAGCCAAGGCCAGGACCAAGGCCAUGCCGGGAACACUGAACUUCCGCGUCGCCACGGCUGGACACUUUUCACUGCGGUUGGCGUGGAGACCGCCCAUCUUCCCCGUCCAAGGGUACCGGCUGACUUUCAAGCGCAGAGGAGAUGCAGAUAGCCAGCUGAAAGAGAAGGCCCUGAGUGCGAACACAGCCUCCUUCACUCUCGAGGACCUGCUGCCAAAUACUGAAUACAUCAUCACCAUUCGACCCAUACACCCAGGCAACAGAACACUGCCGUUCUCCAUCACUGCAACGACAUUGGCUCUGAAACCAGUACAAGCACUGACGGUUCAGAAUGUGACUCCCCAGAGUGCGAAGAUCAGGUGGAGAGGAGUGAGAGGAGCUACAGGUUACCUACUGAAGUGGGGACCGUCUGCAGGAAGAGAUGUUCUGACAGUCACCCUUGAUCCUUCCACCGAAUCUUACCAAAUUCAAGGUCUGCUGCCAAACACUGAUUACAUGGUAACCAUCGCUGCGCUAUAUGGGAGAACAGAAGGACCUUCUGCCAGUACUAGAAUGAAAACAGUUGUGGCAGAAAACCUUGUUUUGAGGACAACUGGGAUUAGUCCGACUGCUAUCCGCAUGAUGUGGAAUCCCCAGCGUGACGCCAGCUCUUACAGAAUAGAGUGGAGGAAAGCCAUAGAGGAACAGACACAGUCCAACUCAGUUGUGCUGACCGCUGCCUCCAACAACUAUGAUAUCACCAAUUUGUCUCCGGGCACUGAAUACGCCAUCACUCUCUACACUCUGUACAACGACAGGGAAGUGGCAACGCCAGUGACUAUGUCAAAGACAGUGGGUAAUGAAAUAGGUCUGGGAACUGUGGCAAAUUUGCGGAUAGUCAAAACAACCCCUAACCGGAUUCGGAUCAGCUGGACGGCAGUGUCGGGAGCAUCGGCAUAUAAAAUAGUCUGGAGAAACCCUAAAGGUUACGAGAUCACCAGAGUUGUGUCACGUGAAACAACCUCAUUUGACAUUGACCGUGUGCAGCAAGGAGAGAUGUACGAAAUCGAAGUGUCCGUGCUUUUCGGCGGCAGAGUGGGAAACCCCACUAGUAUUGUUGCUCGAGCAGACGGAGCUGUUGGGCGUGUGACAGAGCUCCGCACCCUGGAGACGCAGAGUGAUCGAGUCCGAAUCGCAUGGAGGGGAUUGCCCCAGGCUACAGCGUACAAGGUCACGUGGAAACGUGCAGACGGAGCCGAGGAGCGCAGAAUUUUGAGUGCUUCCGUCAACAUGUUUGACGUGGAUGGAUUGCAGUCGAAUACUGUGUAUGUUAUUGGAGUUUCGGCAAUGGUAGGGACUACCCAGGGAACUCCUGUCACCAUCACAGUGAGGACAGAACCCCUCACGGAAGAAGUGACCAAUCUUCAAGUGGAAGAAGCACAAAGUACUCGGAUCCGGGUCAGCUGGGUCGGUUUCUCCGGAGCGACAGCGUACAGGGUCACAUGGCAGCGAUCAGAUGGUGUCAAGGACAGUCAACUCCUCAGGAGUGGCACUACCUCAUAUGUUAUCGAAGGCUUGGAGCCGGACCACACUUAUGCAAUCGAGGUUUCACCAUUAAUAGGAUCCAGAGAAGGGAGUGCAGUGACGGUGACGACAAAUACUAAUUCUGUUGUGGGAGAUGUGACCAACUUGCGUGUGACUGAGGUUCAAAAGAACUCACUCCUGAUCUCGUGGGCUGCUGUGGGCAGGGCCUCGGCGUACAAAAUCACUUGGAAGAGCGCUGACGCCAUCGAGGAGAGCAACGUGGUGAGCGGCGACACCAUGUCAUUCGAGAUCAGGAAUUUGAAACCAGCGACUGCUUAUGCUGUUCAAGUCACGCCCGUAAUGGGGGGCAGGGAAGGAAACCCGGUCACUAUCAUGGCACGGACUGCUGUGUACGAUGAUGAUCCAUUCGCUGGAGUCAGUGACGUUCGGGUACUUGAAGCUCGGAGUAACAUCCUCCGUGUGGCUUGGGUUGGAGUUCGUGGAGCCACUUCAUACAGGAUCAGCUGGAGGCGUAGUGAAGGAGGACCUGAGACCAGCAGAGUCGUACGUGGAGAUAUAAACACCAUUGAUAUUGUGGAUCUUGAAGGCGGAGUUAAUUACCUUGUAAAAGUGGUUGCAUUGAUCGAAAAUCGAGAAGGACGCCCUGUGACGAUUACGGCAACUACUCCUACGGCUGAGCGUCUGCUGGGAAGAGUCGAGAAUCUGCGGGCCGUCGGCUCCACGACAAGGCGGAUUCAGAUUACCUGGAGCAGUGUGCCGGGAAGCACAGGAUAUCAAAUCUACUGGAGACCAUUUGAGGGAGGAACAGAAAGCGGUAGACUGGUUUCAGCAAACAUCAACACGUUCGAUAUAUUAAACCUGCAAUCUGGGCAAAGUUACUUCAUUCGAGUUGCUGCAGUUUUUGGCAAUCGUGAAGGUCCAUUUAGCACAAUCACCGCUACAACAGGCCGGUCUGAGGUUGUGCAGGAUUUCCGAGUGACAUAUGUCGACACGAGGAAGGUUAUCCUGGGUUGGAAACACAGUUCUGGCGUAACGAGUUACAUUCUCUCAUGGAAACUUGCCUCAGCACAAGAAGAGCAGCAGUCUGUCACCCUGCCGGCACUUACAACUUCUUAUCAGAUCACCAACUUGCAAAUUGGGCGAGAGUACGUCUUUACUAUCCGGCCCGUGUUUGGAACGGAGUUCGGACCUCAAACCUCGAUUACUGAGCGACUCGUGUGUAGUAGAGCUGGAGCUGACAUUGUGUUCCUUGUCGACGGCUCCGGGAGUAUUGGGCUCAACAACUUCCAGAAGGUGAAGCAGUUCUUGCUCAAUGUGGUCUCCCAUCUCCCCAACAUUGGACCUGAUGCAACUCAGAUUGCUGUGGUUCAAUACAGCGAUGACACCAAGAUUGAAAUCCCACUUGGCAGACUCACCACCCAGCAGGAACUGCUCCGCGCCAUAGAAGGACUUCAGUAUCGAACUGGUGGGACUAAAACAGGGAAGGCCAUAGACUUUGUCCUGCGUUACGUGCUCCAUACCUCUGCAGGGAGACGCCCACAAGUUCCUGCCUUGCUGGUCCUCAUAACAGACGGCCGCUCGGACGACAGAGUUGUGGAUGCUGUAGGGAGAGCAAGGGCCGCAGGCAUCUACAUGUAUGCAGUUGGCGUUGGGCAAGCAGAUAUCAAUGAACUGCAGAGUAUCGUUUCUGACGGAGACUCGAGGCACAUCUUCUAUGCAGAAAACUUUGAGAUGCUCGCCCAGUUUGAAGGGGCCCUUGCUGAUGUAAUCUGUGUUGCUGCCAGCAAGCCGGAUGGUAACUCUAUAGACCACUGUCCCUCCCGUUGCCAAAAGGGUGAGAAAGGUGAACCAGGAAAAGACGGAAAUCGAGGCAGAGAUGGUGUCAGUGGACGGAAUGGUGAACCAGGUCGCCCUGGUUUGCCAGGACCCCAAGGACCAGUAGGCCCAUCCGGACCACCAGGGAGGCCGGGUACCAUCGGCGGAGGCAUUCAGGGGAUGAAGGGUGAGAAAGGGGAGUUGGGCUAUCCAGGGAGGGAUGGUGUGCCUGGAUCGCCCGGAAGACCAGGAAACCCAGGCCCACCUGGACCAUUGGGAAAUCCGGGUAUUCCAGGACAAAGGGGAAAUUCAGGCGAGCCUGGGAUACCAGGAAGACCUGGCCCCAUUGGUCCCAAAGGAGAAAGGGGCGAGCCUGGCAUCGUUGUUGAUGGUGGAGGAAGAUACCCAGGCAGAAAAGGAGAACCAGGCCAAGCUGGAGUUCCUGGCUCACCUGGUCUUCCUGGACUUAGAGGCGAACGAGGGUAUGCUGGUCAGAUAGGACCACAGGGUCCAGUUGGACCUCCAGGACUCCCUGGGAGGUCCAUCAAGGGGGACAAGGGAGAUCCAGGUGAAAGUCAUUCAGGACGCCCGUACAAUGGAGUGGGUCAGAAAGGAGAGCCUGGUGAACCGGGACGACCUGGCGAGGGAGGCUCAGGUCCAAGAGGACCACAAGGAAGUCCAGGGCAGAAAGGCGACAAGGGAAACGCGGGUGAGGGCUUUGCAGGACCACCUGGCCGCCAAGGAGAACCAGGUGAUCGGGGCCCCAGAGGACCUCAAGGUGAACAAGGAGAGAAGGGAGACAGAGGCCAGACAGGAGAGAGUGGUGUACCAGGACUCCGGGGAGAGAGAGGACCACCCGGACCACCAGGCGUUAAGGGCGACCGAGGACAAGUUGGACCAGCUGGUGUCCCAGGGUCAGCUGGGUUUCCAGGUUCCAGUGGACCCAGAGGUGAAAAGGGAAAUGAGGGACAGAAAGGAGAACCAGGACGAACUAUCCCCGGUCCAGCUGGAAGUAGAGGUGAUCGGGGUGAACAAGGGCCCCCAGGAAUUCAGGGGCAGAAAGGAUCAACGGGACAGCCGGGAGACAAGGGCGAAAAGGGUGAAACUGGGUUUGGCAUCCCCGGACAACCAGGACCCAAAGGGGAUCCAGGUGACAGAGGUAACAUUGGACUCUCUGGUAGGCCAGGAGAAAAGGGGGAGACUGGAUCACGGGGAGAGAAGGGAGAGCCUGGUAAAACAGGACCAUCUGGAGGGAUUGGACCCCAGGGUAAAGAGGGCGAAAAGGGAAGCAAAGGAGAGGACGGAAGACCGGGAGACACGGGACCACCAGGGCGCACUGGAGAGAGAGGACUUCAGGGUUUCUCAGGAAUUAAUGGCCGGCCAGGAGAGAAGGGAAGUACCGGCGAGCUGGGAGAACCUGGGAGAAAUGGAAUUAGAGGUCCCGUGGGCCCAAAAGGAGACCAGGGCGAAAAGGGAUCAAAGGGAUCUCCAGGCCUUCCAGGACCUCCAGGAAAGCUGGUCGACAAUGGUGAAGGGGUGCCGGGUAUUAAAGGACAGAAGGGAGACCCUGGCAAACCUGGUGAAGCUGGAUCAAGAGGACUUCGAGGAGAACCUGGUAUCCCAGGCCCAACUGGUGGUCGAGGUUUGGAAGGUCAACGGGGACUCCUAGGACCACAGGGAGAUCAAGGUCCAAGAGGAUUCCCAGGAGAUAAGGGAGAAAGAGGACCACCUGGACAGGAGGGCAGGAAUGGGAUUGAUGGGAAGAAUGGUCUCCCAGGGUCUCCUGGGCUGAGGGGUGACCAGGGCAAACAAGGAGAACCUGGCAGAGAUGGGUUGUCCGGCCCUAGAGGAGAGACAGGAGUAGCGGGGGCAAGAGGGUCUCAGGGCCCAUCAGGACCUCCGGGCAAACCAGGGGACAAUGGAAAACCUGGACUUCCUGGAAAGAAUGGAGAAGAUGGAACUCCGGGAGAAGAUGGAAGGAAGGGUGAAAAGGGUGAUCCAGGAGAAACUCCAAGAAAUGGACGAGAUGGAGUCAAAGGUGAUCGUGGUGAACCUGGACUACCAGGACUUAUGGGACCUCCAGGCUUGCCGGGUAUAGCUGGUGUUCAAGGUCCACCUGGGCCGGUCGUCUAUGUCAAAGGACUUGAUCCAAUGAUACCAGGACCACAAGGGCGCCCAGGAACACCGGGAAUCCCGGGUAUUCCAGGAGUUCUAGGCCCACGCGGAGAGAAAGGAGACACAGGCUUCAAAGGUCAGAAAGGUGAACCUGGCUUUGAUGGAAAACCUGGCACCCCUGGGGCAUCCAGUAAUAUUGAAGAAGCUCUGUCAAAAGUUGGCAUUAAGAUUUCACUCCUGAAGGAAGUGCUGGAGAGCCAGGUAGAUGAGCGCCACAGGCCGACGGAGGAAAGGAGUCCGAGGGGGGAGAAAGGAGACAAGGGAGAAAGAGGCCAGAAAGGAAGUGAGGGAAUGACUGGGUUUCCAGGAGAAAAAGGAAGCAAAGGAAGCCAAGGUUCUCCCGGACCUGAGGGUCCUCCUGGCCGCGCAGUGUUUGAGCGAGGGCCAGAGGGCCCUCCGGGUCUGUCCGGAGAACCCGGAAAGCCCGGAAUCCCAGGAUUGCCAGGUCGGGCUGGAGAGAAAGGGGAGCCUGCAUCGCCAGGAGAGAAGGGGAACAAAGGGGAUAAAGGUGACCGAGGAGAGCCAGGGCGAGAUGGUCUUCCAGGUGAAAGAGGUCUUCCCGGGCCCAUGGGUGUCAGGCCAGAACCAACUGCCGGACUUCCUGGAGAAAGAGGGCUUCCAGGGCCUCAGGGAGCAAAGGGCGAACAAGGACCAACAGGACCAAUUGGACCCAAAGGAGAUAAGGGUGACGCUGGAGCCAAAGGAGACAGAGGCGAAAGGGGUGAAAUGGGUGUGAAAGGCAGGGACGGCAUUCCAGGGAACCCAGGGGAACAGGGACCUCCAGGAUUAGAAGGAAAACCAGGACUGCCAGGCUUUCCUGGAAUACUUGGCCGGCCGGGUAACCAAGGAGAUUCCGGACCACCAGGCCCCCAGGGCCCACCAGGACUACAAGGACCACCGGGUAAACCAGGAAUGAAGGGUAACCAAGGCGACCAAGGUUUGAGCAUUCAGGGGCCAUCUGGUCCUCCUGGUAACAUGGGUCUUCCUGGAACUCCUGGUGCUCCUGGAGCAGUGGGUCCUCAAGGAGCACCAGGCCUGCCAGGACGAGUGGGAGAAGCAGGGAAGCCUGGAAUUCCGGGAAGAGAUGGUGUUCCAGGAAAAGAUGGAGAGCAGGGAUCUCCUGGGGCUAUGGGUAGUCAAGGAUUACCAGGUAUCAUUGGACCCAAAGGGGAUCAAGGACCACCUGGGCCCCGUGGAGAGUCAAUUUCUGGACGUCCUGGAGAACCUGGACUAAAAGGAGAAAAGGGAACAUCUGGAGUUGUAAUACCCGGAGCCUCAGGACAGAGAGGUCUGAAGGGUGAAGUGGGUAUGAAAGGUGACCAAGGUCCAGCAGGCCCAAGGGGACAGAAGGGUGGACAAGGUGAACCUGGAGAGCCUGGACAGGAUGGUGCAAGAGGCUCAUUUGGACUCAAAGGCAAUAAGGGUGAAGCUGGCAUUGGAUUACCUGGAUCCUCAGGACUACCUGGUCCUCCAGGACUUAAGGGAGACACUGGGACCCCAGGUCCUCCAGGACCUCCAGGACAACAAGGACCAGUUGGUAUCACAGGGCAACCUGGCUUGCGAGGUGAAGUUGGACCACCUGGCUCACAGGGACCAUCAGGAGAGAGGGGUUUACCAGGACUUCCAGGAAGAGAUGGAACAGUGGGUCUACCAGGAGCACCAGGACUACCAGGACCACAGGGUUUGCCAGGUCUGCAGGGUCCAUCAGGUGACAAGGGUGAAACUGGAAUAGGAAAGCCUGGACCAAGAGGAGAUAGGGGAGACCCAGGAUCAAGGGGUGAAGAUGGAAGGCCAGGCUUAGCUGGAGAACGUGGACUCGCAGGGCUUCCUGGUAACCGAGGAGAAAUGGGGACCAAAGGAGAGCGUGGAUCAGCUGGACAGAAAGGAGAUAAGGGUGAAGCAAUUGCUGUCAUUGGAACUCCUGGGAUUAGAGGAAUUAAAGGAGAGAUGGGAGACCGUGGUCAGAAGGGAAGUGAAGGAGAAAAGGGAACGAAAGGAGAAGAAGGACCAAGGGGAGAGAAGGGACCGAAAGGAGACCAAGGUGAUAAAGGCUCAGCGGGCUUCCCAGGAGCCAGAGGUCCUGACGGGCAAAAGGGUGAGCAAGGUGUAACGGGGGAACCAGGGAAACCGGGCAUUCCAGGGAAGAAUGGUGUCAAUGGAGCGAAAGGAAACCAGGGUGAUAGAGGAUACAUGGGGGCAAAAGGUCCCAAAGGUGACAAAGGGACGAAAGGCGCCUGCGGUUUAGAUGGUGAGAAAGGAAGUAAGGGUGAUCCUGGAUUUCCUGGGAGGAUCGGAUUCCCUGGCAGGAAGGGAGAUCAGGGUGAACCUGGCAUCACUGGCUCCCCGGGCGUGACAGGCAAAGAAGGUCUCAUUGGACCCAAGGGUGACCGAGGCUACGACGGACUCCAGGGGCAGAAGGGGGACCGAGGGGAGAAAGGCGAGCGGGGUCUUCCCGGCAUCACUGGGCCACCAGGUGUCCGAGGAUCUGAUGGAGCUACCGGCCCUCCUGGCCCUGUGGGUCCUGUAGGCCCUCGGGGCUCUGAGGGAAUGCAGGGCCAAAAGGGUGAAAGAGGCCCUCCUGGUGAGAGUGUUCCAGGUCCCAGAGGAAUUCCAGGAAUCCCAGGGGAAAGAGGAGAACCAGGUGAGAUGGGUCCUGAUGGUCCAAAGGGAGAGCAGGGAAAUCCAGGAAUGACGGAGAGCCAGAUUCGUGCCUAUGUGCGGCAAGAAAUGAGCGAACACUGCGCCUGUGAAGGUGAGUGACAACAACCAUUUACCCUGUGCUGUCGCCUGUUGUGGUACGAUUAGUGAAGCCAAAGGGGCAGGUCUAUGUCUUCUGGGUGGGGUGGCCGGGUUAUAUUCAGAUUGGGAGAGAUGAGGAAACUGCUGUGAAAUCUCCACUCUCUGAACCGGCUAAUUACUGUCAGAGAAAGGUCAAACUCUCCACAAAGGGGUGAGGAUAAGCCAAAGAGUGGUAAGAAACUUUUUUUUUAACCUUCUCAAAUUGUUCAUUUGCCCUCCAUGAACUUGAAGGAGAUAUCAAGGUUCUGAGACAUUGCGAUCCGAUCUUAUUCUUGAUGUUGUUCAGUCCAGAGUCAAAUCAAAUGAAGUGCAGAGAUAAGAGAAAGUUACAGUUGAAUCACAUCUCAUAAGGAAUCAUUCUAUUGCUGCAUACAGUC